UGUACAUAAGAUUAUAGCAGUCAACAAAGUCAACAGAGUUCAGCAUUUUUGUGGUUUGACUCUGGGAAAAGCAGCUGAUUGGCUCACUGAGGAGCAGAUGUGAUUCCCUGAAGGUGCUUUUUCACUUCCUGUUUGAAAGAAAAGGCACAUCUGGGCGUGUUGCAGCUGUUCAGUCACAAACGUGCAGACAGUAAUUCAUCGUGAGUCGAACCCUGUAGCAUUACAACCCUGACAAAUUACAGCAGAAAUUCUGCAAAUUUGCUUUAAGCAGACUGAAUCGACCCAGAGAAUGUGAAGCUGCAGACCGGUGCCGGUCCUUUGGUACACUGGGUUCCUGAAAAGCCACACCCUGGGCCAAAGUGUUUGCACAAGCAACGCCUUCCCUGCUUUCACCAGAAUAAGACUCUAAGUGCAUGUCAUAAAAUGUUGGGUAAAUAUGGUAUGUUGUGUCCACCCUCAGAACGUGGAAGAAGCUCCUUCUCCAAGACUUCUGGGUGCUCACCUUCACCCCGACAACAUUCCUGCUUCCUUCUACGAAAAGAAGACUAAGAUUCUGGUGGUCUUCAGAAACCCGAAAGACACAAUGGUCUCCUUCUAUCAUUUCUCCAACAGCAACCCAGCGCUCCCAUCCGCAAAGUCCUGGGACACCUUUUACUCCCAGUUCAUGAGUGGAGAAGUUCCCUGGGGGUCAUACUUUGACCACGCCUUAGGUUGGGAGAAGAAGAUGGACGACCCCAAUGUCAUGGUCGUUACAUAUGAAGAGCUGAAACAGGACCUGAGCGAGAACAUCCGUAGGAUCUCCAGCUUCUACGGCUUCAGCCUGACAGAGGCUCAGGUGCAGCAGAUCGCAGAUGCGAGCACCUUCAAAGCCAUGAAGGAAAGCUCCAGCAGCUCCCACGGCAAUAUGGGGAAUGUCUUCUUCAGGAAAGGUGAGGUUGGAGACUGGAAGAACUAUUUCACACCAGAGCAGAGCCGAGAGAUGGACGAGGUCUUCAACAAACGUCUGGCAGGAACAAAGAUAGGAGCCAAACUUAACUAUCAAGCACACUGUCAGUAGGAGGAAGACAAAGGAAGACACAGGAGAGCUUUGGGAAAAGGCAUCUUUAUGUGGGUUUACCUUUAAUAUUGUUAAACUUAAAUUAGUGGAUGAGGCUCAGUUCACAGCCAAAGACCCACUGUUUAAAUCUCAAGUAAAACAAGCAGAAAAAAAGGGAUAGAAAGAGGGAAAACCGAUCUCAUGAUUCAAGCAUUUUAACCCCAAUAUGCAAAUGUAGUUUCAACCGAAGUCUGAUUGUGUUGUGAUUAGAACCUAUUCUGCUCAUUUCCAGCUCCAUAUUUCUAUCCUUGGACUGGAGUAACUUUGCAUUAUUCACAGCACCAGUAUUCAAGCAAUAUAUGCACCACCCACUUCUCAAUUUGAACAUCAGAUGGGGGUGGGGCUCCUGUGCCUCAGGUGACCUCUUUUUGACAUCAUACAGAUCCAAGAGUAGAAAAAACUGUCACAAACUGAGUGUUUAUAGCAGUCUGCAACCGGAGCUUUUGACUGACAGGGAUUAUUGUAUCUCAUUAUUUAAAACUCUGGUCAAGUUUAAUAUGAACAUCCAUCAUUAGACCAGGAAAUGAGGAGGACUAACUCAAACUAAAACCGCUUUUUGUUUCCUUUAAAUCACAUAAAGUAGAUAAAGUGAGAGAUGUUUGGUGUAGUCCUGAUGAUUCAAAUCAAAUGAGCACACUCGUUCGAACGGCAGCUACCUGGAACCAUGAUGGUGCAGUUCAGGAAACACUCCUGUGGCUGAUUCUGUGGCAAUCAAACAAUACUGUAAAACAGUCACAUUUUGAGUUACAUGUACAUUACUACAAACAGCACAUCGCUGGAAGAUAUCAUUGCAAUAAACAAUAGAUCUCUUUUGUCUUGA